GGACGGCACGCCUCGCUGAAUGCUCAUCGACACGGCGCAGUCACGCUCUUGAUUCAAUCCCGUCUUUCGCGUCCCACAGUAUGACUCUGCGCACACUCUCCUCUCCAUACAGAACGCGUCGCACCAGCGCUUAGGUCGAUAGUCCUGCGCCAGACGCUUGCGUUCCAUCUACCUUCGAAAAGAUGGCGACCGGCACAGUGAAGCGAAGGACGAUGCAUUUGUACCUGCAGGGCUCCUGUAAAGGUUUUCGCAAAGUAUACUGUGCGUACAAUGCAAUGCUCGGCGAGGCCAAGAACUUGAUCAGUCAUGGAUCGCAACUGACUCAUGCACUCUCUGUAUUGCUUACCUGUUAUCAAGGAGAGCGUCUGAGAGUUUCGAUGGCCUCUCUUUCGAACAAUGCCAAGAGCGCAGGAUACUCUGUCAGCUUGCUUCUCCCAGAUGAGCAAGCCCAUGCAUCUCCUACGCAAAGUUGGUUUCUCCCAACUCCAAGCCCUUGCCUGAGUGACGAUGACAGAAAUACAGCUGUCCCACUGUGCCUCCCAAAACGAUCGCGAUCCUCGACGAGAAGCAAGUGGUUCUCAGGCGGGCGCUCAGAAAGCAUUGUGGAAUUUCAUUUAACUACGUCUCCAAGAUCCAGGUCGCCAUCCCCUGCUCUCCAAGCACCAUUGGCGUACGAGACUUACCGGUCAGAUCACACCUCCGGCAACACCACAAGAGGCGAAGAGUGCGACGGUAUUUCGAAAACCGUAGCUGACGUCAACUGUGGGACCUCUAUGAUGGAGUGCCAGCGAUGUGAGGCAUCAAGUUGAAGCUCUUCAAACCGACUCCCGUGCCCUUUUUCAAUCGCAUUUCAUCAGCCUGGACAGCGCCGCCACCUCUGGUGAUCGACGUUGGCAAGGCAGUUACAUUUCUCUGGAUGAGCACCAGCCCUGCUACUCCUAUCAACGCACUUUCCUCUCUGAUCGAAGGAGAGCAACCAUGCUUUCCCGCAGCCU